GUGAAUUUAGCUUGUAAAGUGCUGUAUUUACUUAUCAAUAAUAAGUAGCAUUUAUAAACGAAUUCAGUGCAUAAACACUGUACUGAUUGGCACUCUGUAAAGACCUACAUAUAGAUAGCAUUAAUUAAUUUUGCCAGUUGGUAUUGUGACCAGUAAAAAUUAAUUCUAACACCUGUUCACUAAGAAAAAGCCUCAGACCACCAACCCUUUUCAUAUAGGCUGUUGAACAGCCAUCAAAGGAGCAUAUGGAGUACAAGCUUGUGACUGAGCUUGGUACAUUUGCUUUUUCAGGAUGGUCCUUGGUGCUCUUUCCCUCACAACUUGGACAAGGCUAGUGAUACAUGAGCCCAUUUAUUUGAUGAGGAUCUUUAAGAAGGUCAAAAUAUAUCCUAGCAAUCAGUAAGUAAUGACACUUCUGAAGAUCAGAAUUCGGGUUUGAAUCCAGAACCUUCAGUACCACAACACAAGCUUUUAACAGCUGAGCUAAAGGAGUAACUUCACUAACUGGUAGCAUUAGUAGGUUGUUUUCUUAGAUUGGACCAAAUGUUAGAAGGCAAUUAAGACACACACUUUGCAAGUGUAUUAUAUGACUUGAAACUCCCUGGUUUUUAAUGUACAUACCAUUUUUAAUGCACGUCUUUGCUUUGCAGAAUAUACAGAUCCAGUUACCCUCAUCCAUUUGCAGGAUCAGUUAUGGAAGCCUGGUUCAUCUUUGACAUGGUUGGCUUCAUUUUAUUGGACAUGGUGGGGAUCCCAGGGAACCUAGUCAUCCUCUGUGCCUUCACCCACAUGUUAAUAUGCCACAGAAAAGUCACGCCCUCUGAAACUAUACUGAGCAACCUUGCGCUCUCCAACCUCCUGGUUAUCCUGACCCAGGGGAUCCCCAUCACCCUCAAAACCUUUAGGCUUCAGAACACAUACAAUGACCUGGUCUGCAAAAUUACCCUCCAUAUUUACUGCAUGGGCAGAGCCAUGACCAUUUGCAUCACUUCCCUGCUGGGCUGUUUCCAGUGUAUCCUCAUUGUCCCAUCUCCUUGCAAAUGGUUGCGCUUGAGAGAGAACCUGCUGAAAAAUCUCUCCUCAGUUAUGAUUUCCUUUUGGUGCUUCAACCUUUUUGUGUGCAGUACCCACCUGGCUUAUUCCUCCUCCCAGGCUGCUGCAAACUCCUUGAUCAUCAAAAGCUACACAGUGGUGUACAACUUCUGCUGCGUGGUUUUCCCCAGCCACUUUUUGUACUUAGGAAACGAGGCGGUGUCUGUCACUCGGGACUUGUUCUUCCUGGGAAUCAUGACUCUUUCCAGCUGCUACCUUCUCUCCAUGUUUUAUCAGCACGGGAAGCAGGCAAAACAUCUGUUGGGGCUGCACACAAAGCACAUGGAGAUCCAGGCAGCCAAAGCCGUGGUGGCCCUGUUAAUCAUGUACCUUCUCUGUUUUGGGCUGGACAGCCUCUUCCGGGUCUAUACUCUCUGUAUGUACCCUGUCUCACUGAGCAUCAUUGAUGCCCGGAUGUUCCUUGAUUCCUGCUACUCGGCCAUCAGCCCACUGCUGAUUAUCCUGACCAACAAGAAGGUACAGACAGGUUUGAAAUGUUCAACCAAGAGGAGACAGUUACCAGGUGCAGACAGCAUCUCACAGUAUAUCCAAUAAGAAACAAAGGGACCAGGUAGCAACUUUCAGGCUUAAGGCUUAUUCAGCUUUGUUUUUAAUAUUACAAUUAUUGCUUACACACACACACACACACACACACACCAAUUCAUACUUCAAGUAUCUCAGACCAACAAAACAAAAAAGAACAAAAGUAAAUUCUCCAUGAGACAGAGUGAAAACACAGGGUACAAAAAUCUGUAUUUGACUGUACACCCAGGUAAUAACAAGAGAGGAAGGAUGGCCUUGUGAUUAAAGCACGACUCGGGAAACCUGGUUUGAGUCCCACUUUAGCCAUAGACUUCCCGUGUGAGUAGAGAAAGAAAUUAGUUUCCUCCCAUCUAAAUAAGUACCAAAGUUUCAGUAAAUAUCCUUGAAAACAGAAGUACAUUUUCUGAAAUAGUGAAAUUGGAAAGUGAUGCAUGACAAUAACUUUGUUGUAAAAUAACUUCCAGACUUAUUAGAUUGUUCCUUGAUGCUUUGUAAAUGUGCAUUUUAUCUUCGUAUUACAUGUCUAAACCCCGGAGAAGGUGUCACAAGCUU